AAUUCGUGAGAGCAAAUCCAGAUCUGGUCGUGUCAAACGCGCAGUUAAAAACGAAAAAGAAAAAAAAAAUUAAGCUCAAUUAAACUGUAAACUGACACACACAUAUUCAAAUAAAUUCGAAAAGCGAGGGAAACACCCAAUACGGUUUUAACUAGAUUUUGAUCCCAACGUUCUAGAUUUUUUCGUUUUCUUUGAUCGGAGUUUCACCGUCAUGGAUACGCGGUUCCCGUUCUCUCCGGCUGAGGUCUCUAAAGUCCGUGUGGUCCAGUUUGGGAUUCUCAGCCCCGAUGAGAUCAGGCAAAUGUCUGUUAUGCACGUUGAGCAUAGUGAGACCACCGAGAAGGGUAAACCUAAGGUUGGAGGAUUGAGUGAUGUUAGGCUCGGUACGAUUGAUCGGAAGGUGAAGUGUGAGACGUGUAUGGCUAACAUGGCUGAGUGCCCUGGCCAUUUUGGGCAUCUCGAGCUCGCCAAGCCUAUGUAUCACGUUGGUUUUAUGAAGACGGUGUUGAGUAUCAUGCGUUGUGUUUGCUUCAAUUGCUCCAAGAUCUUAGCUCAUGAGGAUGAGCAUAAGUUUAAGCAGGCUAUGAAGAUAAAGAACCCCAAGAAUAGACUUAAGAAAAUUCUGGAAGCCUGCAAAAACAAGACUAAAUGUGCUGACGACGAUAAUCUUGAGGAUGUUCAAAACCAAGACACAACAGACGAACCCGUGAAGAAAAUCCGUGGUGGAUGUGGUGCAGUGCAACCGAAACUGACUAUUGAGGGCAUGAAGAUGAUUGCAGAGUACAAAAUAAGUAAGAAAAAAGAUGAGCAGGAGCAGCUUCCAGAGCGUGAAGAAAUGAAAAAGACGCUUAGUGCUGACAUGGUUUUGAGUGUUUUAAAGAGGAUUAGUGAUGAGGAUUGUCAACUCUUAGGGUUCGACCCCAAGUAUGCUCGUCCUGACUGGAUGAUUCUACAAGUGCUUCCUAUUCCUCCACCCCCUGUUAGACCAUCUGUAAUGAUGGAUGCCACUUCCAGAAGUGAGGAUGAUUUGACUCAUUCGUUAGCCAUGAUUAUUCGACACAACGAAAACUUGAAACGACAAGAAAAAAAUGGAGCACCAGCUCAUAUUAUAUCAGAGUUUGCACAACUCUUGCAGUUCCAUAUAGCAACGUAUUUUGAUAACGAGUUGCCUGGACAGCCAAGGGCUACUCAAAAAUCAGGGAGGCCUAUUAAAUCAAUAUGUAGUAGACUGAAGGCGAAGGAAGGCAGGAUCAGAGGAAACUUGAUGGGAAAACGUGUUGAUUUCUCAGCACGUACUGUUAUUACACCAGAUCCAACAAUAAAUAUCGAUGAACUUGGUGUACCGUGGAGUAUUGCCCUGAAUCUCACAUAUCCUGAAACAGUUACUCCAUAUAACAUUGAAAGAUUAAAAGAGCUAGUUGAUAAUGGGCCACAUCCUCCACCUGGCAAGACUGGAGCUAAAUAUAUCAUUAGGGAUGAUGGCCAAAGACUAGACCUUCGGUACCUUAAGAAGAGCAGUGAUCAUCAUUUGGAACUUGGAUACAAAGUGGAGAGGCACUUGAUUGAUGGUGAUUUUGUUCUGUUUAAUCGUCAACCAAGUCUGCACAAGAUGUCUAUCAUGGGUCACAGGAUUAGGAUCAUGCCAUACUCCACUUUCCGACUGAACUUGUCUGUUACUUCUCCUUACAAUGCUGAUUUCGACGGGGAUGAGAUGAACAUGCAUGUACCACAGUCAUACGAGACCAGAGCCGAGGUGUUGGAGCUGAUGAUGGUUCCCAAGUGUAUAGUCUCUCCCCAGGCGAACCGUCCUGUGAUGGGUAUUGUGCAGGAUACCCUUCUAGGAUGCCGUAAAAUCACAAAGAGAGAUACCUUCAUUGAGAAGGAUGUAUUCAUGAAUACGCUUAUGUGGUGGGAAGACUUCGAUGGGAAAGUCCCAGCUCCCGCAAUUUUGAAGCCUCGUCCUCUUUGGACUGGCAAACAAGUCUUUACUCUUAUCAUACCAAAGCAGAUAAAUCUAUUCAGGUACUCUGCUUGGCACUCAGAUCAAGAGACGGGAUACAUAACUCCCGGGGAUACUCAAGUUCGAAUCGAAAGAGGGGAGCUUCUCGCUGGAACUCUCUGCAAAAAGACCCUUGGUACCGGUAACGGAAGUCUCGUGCAUGUCAUUUGGGAAGAAGUUGGACCUGAUGCAGCUAGAAAGUUCCUUGGUCAUACUCAAUGGCUUGUCAACUACUGGCUACUGCAGAAUGGUUUCACCAUUGGAAUUGGUGACACAAUUGCUGAUUCGUCAACAAUGGAGAAAAUCAAUGAGACUAUUUCUAGUGCCAAAACUGCUGUCAAAGACCUUAUCCGUCAAUUCCAAGAAAAGAAAUUGGACCCUGAACCGGGGAGAACUAUGACUGAGACAUUUGAGAACAGAGUUAAUCAGGUCUUGAAUAAAGCUCGUGACGAUGCUGGAAGCAGCGCUCAAAAGAGUUUAGCAGAAACCAAUAACCUCAAGGCCAUGGUGACAGCAGGAUCCAAAGGAAGUUUCAUCAACAUUUCUCAAAUGACAGCGUGUGUUGGUCAGCAAAACGUGGAAGGGAAGCGGAUCCCAUUUGGUUUUGAUGGGCGGACGUUGCCGCAUUUCACCAAAGAUGAUUAUGGUCCUGAGAGCCGUGGGUUUGUGGAGAAUUCGUACCUGCGUGGGUUGACUCCUCAGGAGUUCUUUUUCCACGCAAUGGGAGGAAGGGAAGGUCUUAUCGAUACUGCUGUCAAGACAUCAGAGACUGGAUACAUUCAGAGGCGGUUGGUCAAGGCUAUGGAGGAUAUUAUGGUUAAAUACGAUGGGACGGUCAGAAACUCGUUGGGUGAUGUUAUUCAGUUUCUCUACGGGGAAGAUGGUAUGGAUGCUGUGUGGAUCGAAUCACAGAAGCUGGAUUCUUUGAAAAUGAAAAAGUCUCAGUUCGAUAGGACUUUCAAGUACGAGAUUGAUGAUGAGAACUGGAAUCCAACGUACCUAAGCGACGAGCAUCUUGAGGACUUGAAAGGCAUCCGGGAGCUGCGUGAUGUAUGUGACGCGGAGUAUCAGAAGCUCGAGGCUGACAGAUACCAACUCGGGACUGAGAUUGCCACAAACGGUGAUAGCACUUGGCCAUUGCCUGUUAACAUCAAGAGGCAUAUCUGGAAUGCACAGAAGACUUUCAAGAUCGACUUACGCAAGAUUUCGGAUCUGCACCCGGUUGAGAUCGUUGAUGCGGUUGAUAAAUUACAAGAGAGGUUGCUGGUUGUUCCUGGUGACGAUGCGUUGAGUGUAGAAGCACAGAAGAACGCCACGCUGUUCUUUAACAUUCUGCUUCGCAGCACUCUCGCUAGUAAAAGAGUUUUGGAGGAGUACAGGCUCAGCCGCGAGGCUUUUGAGUGGGUUAUUGGUGAGAUAGAAUCGAGGUUUGUGCAGUCUCUCGUAGCCCCUGGGGAAAUGAUUGGUUGUGUUGCUGCUCAGUCUAUUGGAGAGCCUGCAACUCAGAUGACUCUCAACACUUUCCAUUACGCUGGUGUCAGUGCGAAGAACGUUACCCUCGGUGUUCCAAGGUUGCGAGAGAUUAUUAACGUUGCGAAACGGAUCAAGACACCUUCCUUAUCUGUCUACCUCACACCGGAAGCUAGCAGAUCAAAAGAAGGGGCUAAGACUGUUCAGUGUGCUUUGGAGUAUACUACUCUCAGGAGUGUCACUCAAGCUACGGAGGUCUGGUAUGAUCCAGAUCCGUUGAGUACUAUAAUUGAAGAGGAUUAUGAGUUUGUGAGGUCCUACUAUGAAAUGCCUGAUGAAAAAGUUUCUCCGGAUAAAAUAUCUCCUUGGCUACUUCGUAUAGAGCUGAACCGCGAGAUGAUGGUCGAUAAGAAACUGAGUAUGGCGGAUAUUGCUGAGAAGAUCAACCUUGAGUUUGAUAAUGAUCUGACUUGCAUUUUCAAUGAUGACAAUUCUGAAAAACUGAUCCUUCGGAUUCGCCUUAUGAACGAUGAGGGAGGAGCAGCGCAAGAUGAAUCUGAAGAUGAUGUGUUCCUUAAAAAGAUUGAGAGCAACAUGCUGACAGAAAUGGCGCUCAGGGGGAUUCCAGACAUCAACAAGGUUUUCAUUAAACAGGUUAGGAAAAGCAAGUUCGAUGAGGAGGAAGGGUUCAAGACAUCUGAAGAGUGGAUGUUAGAUACGGAAGGUGUUAAUCUGUUGGCUGUGAUGUGCCACGAAGAUGUGGAUCCAAAGAGGACAACAAGCAAUCACUUGAUUGAAAUAAUGGAAGUUCUUGGUAUUGAGGCGGUUCGUCGCGCUCUGUUGGAUGAGCUUCGAGUAGUGAUAUCCUUUGAUGGCUCCUAUGUGAAUUACCGCCAUCUUGCCAUCUUGUGUGAUACAAUGACCUAUCGGGGUCAUCUGAUGGCGAUCACUCGACAUGGAAUCAAUAGAAACGACACUGGCCCUUUGAUGAGGUGUUCGUUUGAAGAGACAGUGGAUAUUCUACUGGAUGCUGCAGCUUAUGCUGAGACAGACUGCUUGCGUGGUGUGACCGAGAAUAUAAUGCUCGGCCAGCUUGCACCAAUUGGAACAGGAGAUUGUGAGCUGUAUUUGAACGAUGAGAUGAUGAAGAAUGCAAUUGAACUUCAGCUCCCUAGCUAUAUGGAUGGCAUGGAGUUUGGAAUGGCUCCUGCUCGCUCACCAAUUUCAAGCACUCCUUAUCAUGAAAGCAUGAUGAUGACACCAAACUACCUCUUGUCUCCAGAUGUGCGAUUGUCGCCAACUUCAGAUGCACAGUUCUCUCCAUUUGUUAGUGGAAUGGCCUUUUCACCUUCUUCAUCCCCAGGUUAUAGCCCAGCAUCCCUGGGACGCAGUCCUACCUCUCCCUACUACAGUCCCACUUCCCCCAUCUACAGUCCUGCUUCCCCCAUCUACAGGUCCACCUACAGUCCCACUUCACCCAUCUACAGUCCCACUUCGCCAAUCUACAGGUCCACCUAUAGUCCCACUUCGCCCUACUACAAUCCUACUUCGCCCAUCUACAGUCCCACUUCCCCCAUCUACAGGCCCACCUACAGUCCCACUUCGCCCUACUACAGUCCUAGUUCUCCUGACUAUAGCCCAACAAGUCCUGCUUCUUCUCCAUCAAGUCCUUCCUAUUCUCCCACUUCCCCUAGCUAUAGUCGGACAUCCAGGAGUUACAGUCCGACAUCACCGGCUUACAGCCUAACUUCACCUGCUUACAGCCCUACUUCCCCUGCAUACAGCCCGACCUCUCCAUCUUACAGUCCUACUUCACCAUCUUACAGUCCAACAUCGCCUUCUUACAGCCCCACUUCUCCCUCCUACAGUCCCACUUCACCCGCAUACAGCCCUACAUCUCCUGGCUACAGUCCAACAUCACCUAGUUACGGGCCUACGUCUCCAAGCUACAACCCUCAGACUGCUAAAUAUAGCCCAUCAUUGGCUUACUCUCCUAGCAAUGCAAGACUAUCACCAGCUAGCCCCUAUAGUCCUACAUCUCCAAACUACAGUCCUACAUCACCAUCGUACUCACCAACAUCUCCAUCGUAUUCACCUUCAAGUCCAACACACUGUCCCAGCAGCCCAUACAGCUCAGGAGCUAGCCCUGACUACAGCCCAAGCGCAGGCUACUCACCAACACUUCCUGGCUAUUCAACGUCAUCCACCGGUCAGUAUACACCACACGAAGGUGAUAAAAACGACAAGACUGGAAAAGAUGCCAGCAAGUAUGGUAAAAGCAACCCUUGAAAUGGAGAGAAGAGACAUUAUAAUUUUUAGCAGGGCAUGUUGAGAAAAAGGAAGAAAGAGUUUCAAAAGCAUCUCCAGAGUGGAUAUCUUUAUGACACUGUUUUCCUAAUAUCCUCUUUUUCAUGAUUUGUUCUAAACGUACGCCUAAAGCUAUCUAACAUCGCCCUAAAAAGAAAACAAAUAUAUCAUAAACUUUGGGCUCCUCGUCUGGUUGUUGAGUACUUCUUGCUUGUUCGAUUUCAGAAAGUAAAAACAUGUGCAACGGUUCUGUUCGUUCGUAAUA